ACAGGAAGUAAUGUAUCUAAAUGUUGUGUCUUUACAGAUGAUCUGUGUUUGUAUCAAAGUCCAGGCUGUUGGUUGACGAGCUUACGCCAGCGUGUGUUUGUGUGUGGACCAACAUGGAGGAUCAAAAGAAGAUUUUGUGCGUGGGUUUGGUUUGUCUGGACAUCAUCAAUGUGGUGGAUAAAUACCCAGAGGAGGACACUGACAGCAGGUGUCUGUCACAGCACUGGCAGCGGGGAGGAAACGCUUCAAACUCAUGCACGGUGCUGUCGCUGCUAGGAGCUCCAUGUGCCUUUAUGGGCUCACUGGCUGCAGGUCCGGUGGCUGAUUUCAUCAUGGCCGACUUCUUACAGCGUAGGAUUGAUGUGUCAGAAGUUGCUUGGCAGAUCAAAGGUCAAACUCCAUGUGCAUGUUGCGUGGUCUGUCCAUCCAGCGGAUCUCGAACGGUCUUCCUCUAUGAUAUAGAUCUUCCUGAUGUAACGGUAGAACAUUUUUCCAACAUCAAUCUUGAUCAGUUCAAGUGGAUACACUGGGAGGCCCGGAACGCCAGUGAGCAGGUGAAGAUGAUCCAGCAGGUUGAGAUGUUUAACACCAAACGUCCAGAACAUCAGAGGAUCACCAUCUCUGUUGAGAUUGAGAAGACCAGAGAGCAGCUAUAUGAGCUGUUCCCCUAUGGUGAUGUGGUGUUUGUCAGCAAAGAUGUUGCUCAUCACUUCGGUUUCAACUCAGCUGAAGCUGCUCUGAAAGGACUCUACCAUCGAGUUAAAAAGGGGGCUAUCCUGAUCUGUGCCUGGGCAGAAAAAGGAGCAGAUGCUUUGGGUCCUGACGGUCUGCUCCUUCAUUCCGAUGCUUUCCCCCCUGAAACUCUGGUGGACACGCUUGGAGCUGGAGACACAUUCAAUGCCGGUGUCCUCUACACUCUGUCCAAUGAAGGAAGCCUACAGGAUGCUCUGACCUUUGGUUGCAGGGUUGCUGGCAGGAAGUGUGGUUUCCAUGGUUAUGAUGGCAUCAGAGAAAAUUGUUGAGAGAGCAGAACCGUCUGUUUCAGGCCUCGGUUACCUUCCACUGGGAACACUGGAUGCAAUCCAGAAUAUAAAUCUGCUCUGAGAAUGAAAAGUGAUUCAGAAGACUGACGACAUGUAAAAGACAAUGAACUAAAAUAACCUUCAGAGCUGAGAAACAAGCUGUCUGUAAUAACUAAUCAAUAAUUCAUUGAUUUGAUCCCUCAUCCUUAACAAAGAUCUAUAAACAGAUGUUUACUGUGCAGAUUCAUUCUAACUGAAGCAAUGCAGAUUUUAAAUGGUUUGUUUAACUUUGAUGUGAUAAUUAUUUAUUAAUAAACUGCAAUGCAGCAGGUC